GUGGCGAAGGCUACUAUACGUCUGUACCUCCCCUCUCAUCUUCCAAAGCCGAUCCAUUGUACUCUUCGUAAGAUCCUGGUUGGAGAUACCUAGAUAUAGGAUCUUGACCUGUUGCCUGAUGAACCAGCAAUUGUUGAAGAAAAAACAAAGAGCAAGCCACAGAAACGUCGCCAAAACUCUGACGCGGAGCUGUACGGUGAUUUCGUGGCGCGAACUAUAUAUUCAGUCCAGCUCAGGCUCAGGCCGGAGCAAAGCUAGCUUGGAGAAAUCGAUCGGAAAGAUGUCCGACGCGGUAGAGCUCAUCGGCACCUUCACCUGCCCGAUCGUCCACCGCGUGGAGGUGGCCCUGCGGCUCAAGGGCAUUCCCUACGAGUUCAUCGAGGAAGACCUCGGCAACAAGAGCGAGCUGCUGCUGAAGCACAACCCCAUCCACAAGAAGGUGCCCGUGCUCCUCCACGGCGACCGGCGGCCGGCCCUCUGCGAGUCGUUCGUCAUCCUCGAGUACCUCGACGAGGCGUUCCCUCAGGGGCUCGCUCUCAUGCCAACCGACCCGCUCGACAGGGCCAUGGCCCGCUUCUGGGCACGCUUCAUCGACGAGAAGUGCUGGGGUCCUGCGUGGGUGGCGCUGUGGGCGGCGGAGGGUGAGGGAAAGGAGGCGGCGGCGAGGGAGGCGAAGGCGAACCUGGCGCUCCUGGAGGGACAGCUCGGGGGGAAGAGGUUCUUCGGCGGCGACCGCGUCGGCUUCCUCGACUUGGUCGCCAGCGGGUUCGCGCACUGGCUGGGAGUGUACGAGGAGAUGGGCGGGACGCGGCUGCUCGCCGAAGACGGGCACCCGGCGCUGUUGCGGUGGGCGACGGAGUACGCGGCGGAUGCGACCGUGAGGCAGUGCCUGCCGGAUAGGGAGGCUCUGCUUGCAGCGAUGGCGACGAGCAAGGAGAGGUUCGUGUCCGCGGCCACGGCCAUGGCGCGGAAAUGAACGUGGCGUGCGUCUGUGUGCACGCACACGACCGUUGCUGCGCUGGUGAUCCGUUGCUUCGUGCUUUGGAGACCCGAUCAUCAUGCAAAUAAAUGAUCAUUUCGCUGUUGAAUCAAGUAAGGCUGACUUGGGUUUCGGCGGGAGAAGAGACUGCGGUGGGAAAAAGAAGGUGCUACAAACUGGUUCCCCCUCUUGGGCUUAUAGAAUUUUGAAUAUUUUCU